CGGACUGUUUAUAGAGAAGGACACAUGCUUGUUUUGCGUCAGUGUCGAGUUCUUUGCUAUGUCUUCCCUAAAAUGGGCUGCAUAACCAACAAACUAACAGCUUUAUAGCAUUUUAGCUUUUUCAACGAUGAUUGAGAAAUAUGGCUCAAGACGAACUUGAUGCAUUCAGGGAGCGCUGGAAAGAAGAAUUAACGAGUAAAAAAGAAGAGCAAGGAAUUGUUUGUGCUUCUUCCCCUUCCUGGGACGUUCCUGGUCAGUCAAGCCAAAGGGACUUGAAAAACAGGUAUUUUGAAGACUUGAAACAAAAUCUCAACAAAGACUGUAGUCCUUCACAACCAGAAGACGGUGGUUGCACUGGGGAUGAAGGAUGUUUUGGUGGAAGAAGAAGAGGAGGAGGAGGAAACGCUGCAGAAGAGCCCGUGGAGCAGCCUGAGUAUGUGUCCAUUGCACGUAGUUUGUUGGAUGGGAGGACCAGUCCCUUGCUGGACAGGAUUCAGGAGGAGAGAAGCAAGAGAAAGAGGCAGUAUCAUAACAUGACCGAUGCGUGCAGCACGUCCCUACAGCAGCAGCCGCAGAGAAAGGUUAAGAAAGACGAGAAGCUGCUGGAUCUACUCAUACAGGAUCUGAAUGAAGUCAAUGACAUUCCCUUUUUUGACAUUGAGUUACCCUACGAGCUGGCAUUGAAGAUAUUCCAGUAUCUCAGCUGUACUGAUCUAGGCAGAUGUGCACAGGUGAGCAAGGCAUGGAAAGUCCUUGCAGAGGAUGGCAUUCUGUGGUUCAAGAUGUGCACAAGGGAGGGUUAUCAUCAGGACGCCAAUGUGUCUGACUCCCCCUGCUGGAAGAGCACGCUGCGAGACUGCAGGAACUCAGCCAAAAUGGUGUGCUCCAACUGGAAGAACCGAGUGGGAUCCGUCAGUCAGCUGCAGUUCGAGCUGGGGAAGGUGCUGUGUGACGUCAGCUCCUGUGACAACUUUGUCUUGGCAGGGUACACAUCUGGUGACGUGAGACUGUGGGACACGCUGCACUGGGACUCGGCGGCCUCUUACCUGAAGACCAACAGCCUGUCAGCUAACUCGGAGCCCAGGCCUCACGUUAGUCACGUCCAGGUCAACAGCACGCUGGCUUCUGCUGCUUAUGAAGAUGGCUGUGUGGACCUGUGGAGCACACAGACAGGUGGAGAGCCCAUCCACCACUAUCAGAGUGCAGGGAGGAUCAAGGCCCUGGCUCUGAGCCCAGACAGCCCCAUCCUGUGCUCCGCUGCCGGGCCCGACAUUCGGCUGGACUGUGCCGACGAUCGCGGCUACUGGAGGACACUCUGCCAGGCUCAGAUACCCAAGACUGUGGAGAGGCUGGUGCUGGUACCCGGCAGGGGGCAGCAGUGCCCGCUGGCGGCCCUGACAGCGGGAGAGACGGUGUACUUGUUGGACCCCCGGGAGGAGGAGCCACGGACCGUCCACUCAGUCUAUGGUCAUCCCGUGACCUGCCUGGAUGCCUCCCACUGCCAUGUUGCCUUUGGAGUGAAGCGCACGGGAUGGGCGAUGCACGAUGGAGGAAAUAAGAUCCACGUCUACAACCUAGAGACGGGCAAACCUGUGGUUUGUGUCGGCAACUCGCCGGGAGAUUUCACUUGCAUCAACUUGAGAGACGCCACUUCUCACCUGCUAGUGUGUGGAAACAAAGACAGGAGGGUGAGGGUGUUUGACCUGCGAUCCGGCUCCUCUGUGGCGUCCCUGUACGCCCACCACCUGGGUGUAACUGCGGUGCAGGCGGACGACUGGAAGAUAGUGAGCGGCGGAGAGGAAGGAUUAGUGUGUGUGUGGGAGAUGAGGAUGGGAACGAAGCUGUGGGAGAUGCACAACAGGCAUCCAGUAAGGCAUGUACGUUUCAACAGCAGUACCCUGGUAACAGCCAACGUCCCCAAUGACAAGUCUCCACGGGGGGCCUGCAUCACGGAUGAUGACCUUACAGCUCACCGCAGACACCGGGGAGUCAUCUGCCAUUACGACUUCUCUGAGGACGCGCUGUCACAGGACCACAUCCUGCCCAUCUGCAGGUCUGACUACACCGAGUCAUACGGAUACAACUACAACAUCGGCCUGGUGGUGCCUUACGACAGGCUGUCCGGCUCCCAUCCGUCCCACUGACGUGCAGUCAUCCAAACUGCAACUGAGCUUGGUAACUGAACAGACAGUAGAGACUUUCAGCAUGGAUCAGUUUGAUUCUCCAAACUGUAUCCUUUUAUUUUAUUACUUUCCUUUUACCAUUCUAGUAAAAUGUUGCAUUUUGGAAAUGUAACAUUUUAAUUAUCUGCAGUCGUUCCAUAGCUAUUUGUAAUGUACAGUGUUGAACUCAACUGCCCAGAUGUUGCAAAGGAUCACAGCAUUGUAAACCUUUGCUGUGAAAUUAAAUAGAUUUUUAGUUGA